GAUAAGUGGGACGCGUAGAUCGAAACACUGAUUAAUGUAACAAUUAAUCAAUUUCGGGUGUAAGAGUAUAGAGAAAGACCAUGGCAGAUCAUAGUAAACAAGAAUCCGAGCCUUUAAACGCUGGAACGCAAGUAAAAGCGAAUGAUAGUGGCAACAAACGUGUCAGUAACUUCUUCAAAGUAUUCAAACACAUUACGGUUGAACCAACUGGUGCUAUCUUUCUUUGUGGCUGUAUCUUUGUUGUCACCAGUUCCCAAACACUUCAGUUGGAGAAAACCUGUCGAGUAAACCUGAAUCUUGGAGACGAUAUAUGUACUGCGCUUAGAAAUCAAGAUACCACUGCUAAUAUCAGCGUGUACGAGAAACAGGUACAGCAAUAUGUGGCUCGAAGGUUGGCAUGGAAAAGUGUCCUACAAUCUGUGUUACCAUGUAUCACACUGUUUUUUGUCGGAGCUUGGAGUGACAAAACUGGAAAAAGAAUUAUAAUAAUAGCAAUACCUAUGAUUGGAGAGAUUUUACACUGUAUUAGUAACAUCAUAAACGUUUUCUUUUUCUACGAACUACCUGUGGAAGUCCAAAUUUUUUCGGAUGUAAUUUUAGUAGGACUGGCCGGAGGCUGGGCUACCUUAUUUCUGGGCUUGUUUAGUUACAUAGGAGACAUAACUACGGUAGAGAACAGGACGCACCGUCUGGGUUUUGUGCAGUUUUUCACAUUCAUCGGCAUGCCCAUAGGCCUGGGAUUGUCCGGAAUUGUUUUGAAAAAUUUUGGUUACUAUGCGGUGUACGGCACUGCGUUGACUAUGCACAUUUGCAAUAUGAUCUAUAUUACUUUGAAACUCAAGGAUCCAGAGCGAAAUGAAGAACAAAAAAAGCACGAUGGAAAAGGUUUCUGCUACUUCCUUCGCCUGUUCUUCGACUUCACAAACAUCAAGGAGACAGUGCGCGUCGUCUUCAAGGACGGGCCGAAUAAUCGACGCGUGCGCAUCUGUAUACUGCUGGGCACUGUGAGCAUCCUGUUUGGGCCUAUGUACGGUGAAAUUGCUGUUAUGUACAUGUCAACGAGGUACCGAUUCGGUUGGGACGAGCUGCAGUUCAGCAUAUACCAGACAUACAACUUCGUCACCCACACCGUUGGAACGGUGUUCUCCCUCAUCGUAUUCAGUAAAAUGUUGAAAUGGCACGACUCGGUGCUGGGCAUCAUUUCCACGAGCAGCAAGAUCGUCGGCUCGUUCAUCUACUGCUUCGCGGCAACGGCCACGGUGUUCUACAUAGCUCCUUUGGUGGAAAUUCUAAAUGGAACGUCUCUUCUAGCGAUGAGAUCCAUUAUGUCGAAACUAGUGGCCCCUGAUGAAUUAGGUAAAGUGAAUUCCAUAUUCGGGCUAACUGAGAACCUGAUGCCUUUAAUUUACGUGCCGCUGUACACCACAGUGUAUACUCGCACCAUGGACGUGCUGCCAGGCGCAGUGUUUCUCAUGGGUGCCGGCAUGUCCGUGCCAGCGAUCGCUGUCUUCUUCUGGUUAUUGUAUGAACACAGAAAAGGAGUGCGACGGUUAAAAAAAGAAGAAAAUGGAGUUACAGAGCCCCUUAAAGGGACCGUAGAAAUUCCUGCUAAAGUUAAUAGUGACCUUAGUUAGCCAAGUGCCAUAUUAUAUAUUAAUAUUGUUGUUUUAUUGUGUGAAUAAAAUACGUAGGUGUAAGUUAUUACAAAAUAAAUAUUGAUAAACAUAA